AUGGCCUUGAGUGGAAACUGCAGAACUUACCUCCCUCCUAGAGAACAAGCAACUGCUGCACAUUCCUUCCCAGAGGUGAUAGAACUGAAUGUGGGGGGCCAGGUUUACUUCACUCGCCUCUCCACGUUAACAGGCCUUCCUCACUCCCUGCUUUGGAAAAUGUUCACCUCCAAAAGAGAGACAGUCAAUGACCUGGCAAAAGAUUCCAAGGGAAGGAUUUUCAUUGACCGAGAUGGCUUCCUUUUCCGUUACAUUCUGGACUAUCUCAGGGACAAGCAGGUGGUCCUGCCCGACCAUUUCCCAGAGCGAGGAAGGCUCAGGAGGGAAGCCGAGUACUUCCAGCUCCCAGAUUUGGUCAAACUUCUGACGCCCGAUGAGAUCAAGCAAAGCCCUGAUGAUUAUUGCCAUAGUGACUAUGAGGAGGUUUCCCAAAGCAGUGACACAAGAAUAUGUGCCCCCUCAUCUCUCAUGGCCUCGGAGAGAAAGUGGGGCUUCAUUACCAUUGGCUACAGAGGUUCAUGCCCCAUGGGCAGGGAGACCCAAGCAGAUGCCAAAUUCAGAAGAGUCCCGAGGAUUUUGGUUUGUGGCAGGAUUGCUCUAGUCAAAGAAGUUUUUGGAGAAAGUUUGAAUGAAAGCAGAGACCCAGACCGAGCUCCUGAUAGAUACACUUCUAGGUUCUACCUGAAGUUCAGGCACCUGGAACGGGCUUUUGAUAUGUUGUCAGAAUGUGGAUUCCACAUGGUAGCCUGCAAUUCCUCUGUGACGGCUUCUUUUGUCAAUCAGUACACUGAUGAUAAAGUGUGGUCCAGCUACACAGAAUAUGUCUUUUAUCGUAAGUACAAACGAUGUCUGAUAUUGGCUCAGUUUGCUUGA